AAGUCGAAGGGCUCAUAACUGAUAAGUUUAAGCAAAUAUUUAUACAGAGAUUAUCCCCAUUGUUUCAUUGAUUGGGUAGCUCAAUGCGUAGCAUUUAGUUUUUGUUGAAACAUGGCAAGAUUGAUGACGGCCAGUUAUGAAAAGCUCAUUGAAGAGAUGUACACAUCAGAAAGAGCUAAAUUAGAAUCAACUCUCGAAUCAGAUGCAAAAGAGAUUUUAAAUGACAAGAAAACUAGGAAUUUACUCAAAGAAUUCAUCGUGAGACUCGACAGACACUCAAAUUUUGAACCAAAUUCAUUGAGAAUGAUAAUUUUAUUUGAACUAAUAGCACCUAUCUUAACAAUGGAUGAUUUCUACCAAAAUCAAGACGAGCUGAUGUGGUAUUGCACAAAUGAAAGUGACCUGAUUAAAGUUAACGAUGAGACUUCAUUAAAAGCAUAUUUAGAAAGUCAAAAAUUUACAAUCUACAAAAGAGUAGACGAGUCCUAUGAGUACAGAAAGUUCAAAGAAUAUUUGAGGAUGAAAUAUGAGAAGAGACGACGAUAACAAUUGUGAAAUCCAUCAAUCUUUGUGUUCUUUUCUUACGUACUUACACUUACAAGUUAUGAAGCGGAAACGGGAAGCCGCUCUUCUUAAAACACUUCAAACAAACAAACAAAGCUUAUUUUUCUGUAGAAAUAUUUUUAUCUCUGCUUUGUGAAUGUUUAUAUUUCAAAAUAUUUUCGAUUCAAUCAUUAUUUCAUAUUUUUUUUAGGAACUGUGCUGCAUCUCUUUGCCUGAACAAAAUAUGGAAUUAAAAUAUUGAGAGCAGCAAGAAUAAAUGCUGGUUUAAUUAUGCUGAGUUGUCUAAUCGUUGCCACCAAUAUAAUUGUGAUUAUGUUUUAAUUAAAUUUUAAGAAAUCUACCUCUAUCGGUUCUUACUUAAUCAACCUCAUUGUUUAACACAAAAUAUUUAGGAGCUUUCAAUUAUAUCUUGUGUAUGUUUAUUUAUGUAUUUAAUCAAGAAAUGAAGCAAAGCACUUAAUGGAAAUUAAACAAAUAAUUUGUUGGGUCUUCCAGUGCCCAUCGGAAAUUUUCCACCGAUCGAAAAAAACAAUAAUAAUAAAAUCACACCAAUAACAUUUGAUAUAUCUAAUUAAGAGAUUUUCUUUAUAAGCGAUUAGAUACGUAGAAUGAAUAAUGAAAACUGUCAAAUGUAUUGUGGCUAAGAGUUUCCUCUCAUUUCUUCUCUUGUGGUGUGUUAAUGCUCUCAAUUUUCACUUUCCAGUUAGGAAAGCAAUUUAAGAUUAACUCCUAGGUUAUUCCGAAGGUCAUUCUGUGAGCAAUCUUUUCGAUACAUUACAUCUUUAUUCAAAAUGUUAACUUUAUAAAUUAUUAUUUCAUGGAAAUGAAAAUAAGUUGUGAAAAACUUAAAGAAAAUUGGAAAUAAAAAAAGUUUUCGAAAAUUUGA